GUCUGCUGACUUGACCGCAGUAAGUCGUGAGCUUGGAACAGGAAGUGCCUCUACUAGCUGCCGCUGCCACGAUUUGAACCAGCUCCUUCUGAGAAAAUGAGUGCACUUUUGUUCCCCUCAUUUUAUAUUUUUAAACGGAUUUUGUCCUUGUGUGAUUCCGAUUCUCAUAAGUCGGAGAAAACGUAAACAUUUCAGAGACAUCUUUAUAUUCCGACAGGACGUGAAGGCAGCAUUAACUCCUCCUUUGGUUUGUCCGAGCGGGAAGUUCACCGGUCUGGUUUAAAAUGUAGCAAAUGAACCCGUUAGCUCUUUUAACCGAAGAAUCCACUUUUGAGGAAUUUUAACAGUGACUGUAGGAGAUCUCUGCAGUCAUGUCCAAUAACGCCGAGAUGAGGAGCGCCACCGCACCGACGCGAUUCGGACAGUGUACCUACACAGCUGAGGAGCAGGAGGCGGUGCACAAAGCUCUGCGACAGAAGCUGGGACCAGAGUACAUCAGUAGCAGAAUGGCUGGAGGCGGACAGAAGGUUUGCUACGUGGAAGGGCAUCGUGUAAUUGGCCUGGCCAAUGAGAUGUUUGGAUACAAUGGAUGGUCUCACUCCAUCUCUCAGCAGAAUGUCGACUUCAUAGACAUCAUCAACGGAAAGUUUUAUGUCGGAGUCAGUGCGUUUAUCAAAGUGCAGCUGAAGGACGGCGCGUUUCACGAGGAUGUAGGUUACGGUGUCAGCGAGGGACUGAGGUCUAAAGCUCUGUCGCUGGAAAAGGCGAGAAAGGAAGCGGUCACGGACGGCAUGAAGAGAGCACUGAAAUGCUUCGGUAAUGCUCUUGGAAACUGCAUCCUGGAUAAAGAAUACCUCAUAGCCAUUAACAAGAUCCCCAAAAAGCCUCCUCCUCCUCUAGACCCGGCCCAGACGAAGCGCUCCGCGGGUGAGCCCUUAGUGGAGAAGGCCCGGUACUUGAGUCUGCUCCGAGAGGAAAAGCUUGGAUCUGCUGUGGGUGCUGGCAGGACGCCACUGGAGCCCAGAGUCCUCAACCACAACCAGAACUAUUCAGAAGUUCACACUCCUAAUGCUGCCGGCACUGCUGACGGGAAGAGCGACAACAUUGACUCCAAACCUGUCGUGGACUCGGCGAACGUCGGCGAGUCAUUAGAGCACACGGACCCCAAACAGCUGAGAAAGCUCAGACAGCAGCAGCUUCAACAGAAGUUCAGGAGAGAGAUGGAGACCCGGAAGCUGCAGCAGAAACCGGAUCAGGCCAAGUCUGAGGACACGGAGGCCCCGAUUGGACGAGUAUCCGGUGGAGACGAUCCUGAGCUCUGGGACUUCACUCUGGAUGGGAUUGAUUUGCUGGAUGCAGGCGGCCUUUCCUCCAGAGCGCUCGCACCGAGCACGCCUGGGAAUCACAACAUGCAGACGCGCAGUAAGACCCCUCUGAGGGCCCCAGGAAGACCUCCAGACGAGGCCCCUUCGUACAGUGGAGGACAGGACCGGGCUCAAUACAGACCUCAACAUCAGAACCAGCAUCAGGCCAGACCAGGUGAAGCCAUCAGUCCGUACAGACAAGGACAGUACAUGAAGAAGCGCCGACUCGACACCUGAGAUUUUAUGAUUCUGUUCCACAGCUUCAACACUUUGGAAGAUGUAUUUUACUUUGUUUUCUUCUUUUAUAGUGCUUACAUUUGUUAUCUUUGCAAUGAAUUGCUGCUAAUUGAAUUUGGAGAAAUGCAUUUGGUUUUGAAAACAAAUAAAACCACAAAAGUCAGUCUGCUGGCUGGGUUUUAUUUAGAGAGGAAACCAACAAAUGUGAUCAAUAAUAGAUAGGGAUGUUUUCUAAAGUUUGAUAGCUGCUUAUUUUAUCAUAUUUAAUGUUAAGUAAGUGAAUAAUUAUCGUAGGAUUUACAUUUUCCAGGCCUUAAAAAGAUGAAAAAUACAUUUAUUUCAAGACAAAAAUCCCAGACCAGCAUUAGACUUAUUCCAGUAAGCAUGACAAGUGCUUUAAUUGAUAUUUUUAUUUGUUUUUACAUUUUGUACAAUGUGAAAAACAUACACAAAACAGACACUGAAUCACAGGUCAGUAAGGAGGGAUCAGACCGAUACUCCUGCAUGUCGGAGGUCUGAUCAGUACUGAGGAGCAUAUGGACCCUAAAGAGAUGGUGACCUUGUGCUGUACAGCAGCCAGUUGCGAGUUGGUUGUCAUUUGUAAGAUUAAACACCUGUGAAGACGGCAUGCAGAAAUCAUACGCUGAUAGUUUGAUAUUGAAGUUGUGAUAUUGGUGAAUGACAAGUGAACAGAUCAGCAAGUUAUGAUCACUCUCAGGAAGGCAAAGAAUAAAAAAUAAAAUAAAAGUUCUAAUAUUCCAAUAUCAAAAACAUUGAAGUCAGUAAACACCCUCAUCGGCAUGCAAAUGUUUCAAUUACCCCUCAGUCCCUUUAAACAUUGCAUAUUCUGCAUUGCAGCAACUUAUUUUUUUUUCUCUAGAGAACUUUUAAACUAUUCAUCCAAAUCUACGAGCAGGCGAAAGAGUCACAAUGACAGCGUGGCACUCAUACGAGGUGGUGAAACUAAAGAUGAGCCAGCAUGACGACGUUUAAACCUUUAUACAGCUCACUCGCUGCCUGAACAGGCGCGUCUAUGAAGCCUAAUUGUGAGUCCCACUGCAUUCCUUUGGAGAGACCCGCCCUGCAUAGCUGCUCAAGGCACAGACGAGACGUUAAGGUGAGGCAUGAGGAUCUGGAGAGCCUUUAGUCACAAACUGGGUUACCAGUAACUCUGAGCAUGGUCGCCUGGCUAAUCGCAGGGCGGGACUUGCCAAGAAAGGCAGGAGGAUUCAUAAUAACCAAACGGUUUAAUGAUAAAUCCACAGAAACCAAAUAAAAAAAACACAGCCAAAUAUAAACACAGCUGUUUACACAAGCAUCGAACUGUAGAGAGGACAGAAACGCUUCCACAUCACUCGGUGUGUUCUUUGUUCUGCAGUCUCUAAUGUUUCAGUGUGACGUACGCCGAGCCGGCCGUGCAACAGUUACGCAGCCACCUGUCGCGUGUCUACGUCAGGUUCAGUUCACAGCUACAGGGCUAGAUGGAUCUGGAACUUGUCAUUAGUGAGGAUGCAAGGCACUAAAGUGUUCCUCAUGUUUACAGGCUAGAGUGCGUGUAGAGUGGGUCACCGCAAGCACACUCUAGUGACUGAGCAUUACGUGAAAGCAUCUACCUCACAUUAACAUAUAUACAAUAAAAUAGAA